GAGUCAACUGAGAUUGAUUUGACCGAGUUCCAAGAAGAGAAUCAAGAAGAAGGCGAUGUUGAACCUCAGAUAGCAGAUGUUGAUGCAGAUUCCAAUAACGACCAACCAGGUUGCUAUUUUGCUCUAGAGAAGAUGGCUACAAACUAGAAAUGUUUUUCAUGCAAGAUAGAUGGUGCAGAGUUCAAAACGGAAGACAAAAAGCUUGUGAAAGAUCAAAAUCUUCAUAAGAAUUUGAUCUCUGAUGAACGAACGAAAAGAAGUCAGCUGAAACUACAAAUGGCUUUUGAUGGGCAGGAAAGAGAUAUGAAGAGAUCUUGGGAGCCAAGUGAUAAAGCUGAUCUUCACUUUGUCUACAAAGAUGUUGAAGGAGCAUCAACUCAAUGGGAUGAUAUUCAAAGAAAACUCAGGAACUUACCUCCCAAACCCUCUGCCUUCAAACCCGAUCCCUUCACUCCUGUAGAAGAUGAAGAUUCCAAACCUAAAACCAAAUCUCGGAUUGAUAACAAGACAGAAGAACUCAAAGAUUUAGAAGAUGAUCUUAAUGAUAGUUGUUUCCUCGAAGAAUACAGGAGAAAGAGGUUAGCAGAGAUGAAGGAAACAGUGGAAGAUUGAGCUCGGUAAGUUCAGGCAGCAUCUAUGGUGGCCCGGGCAACAUCUAUUUCAAUAUUGAUUGUGUGAAAGUCAUCUACUAAAGCAAGGUUGGUGUAAGAGUUGAUGAUGAGAACAUUGUUCCAAGACCUUCACUAAGUUAUGAUGAUGUCCCUUAAUAGCAAUGUAGUAUUAGGUUAUAUAGUUAGCGAUGAUUAUUUGUAUUUGACAUUUUAGUGCAAUGAAUUAUCUUUCUUAUUUAUUGUAUUUUAUUUUGUAUUUUGUAUGACAUUAACUUUUGUGCAAUGGAUUGUC